AAGAUUGGAGAGAAAAUUUUCGAUUAUCUUCCUUUCAUUCAUUCAUUUAUUCAUGGAUAAAUUCAAACCCCGUCUUGCAAAUUCAUCUCCAUUAACCCCAUUAACAUUUUUGGAAAGAGCUGCCAUUGUUUAUGGAGACUGUACUUCCAUAGUUCACAACACCACCACCACCUACACCUGGUCAGAAACCUAUACUCGCUGCCUCAAAAUCGCUUCCUCCAUUUUAUCCCUCGGCAUCAAAAGGGGCGAUGUAGUUUCCGUGAUCGCCCCGAAUAUCCCAGCUAUGUACGAGCUCCAAUUCGCUGUCCCAAUGGCGGGUGCUGUCCUCAACAACAUCAACACCCGGUUGGACGCGAGAACCAUUUCUGUUCUCCUCCAACACUGCGAAUCAAAGCUCGUGUUCGUGGACUACUAUCUUAGAUCAAUAGUCUUGGAUGCAGUUUCCAUGUUCCCACAACAUUUGACGGCCCCAGUGCUCGUCCUCAUUGAGGAUGAUGAUGCUGAUAUGGAAGUGGAACCCUCAUUGUCAAGAAUUCAUGGUUUUCUUGAUGCUAGUUAUGAGGGUUUGGUGAAGAAAUCAAAUAUUGACGAGUUUGAGUGGGUCAGACCUAAUAAUGAGUGGGAUCCAAUGACGCUGAAUUACACCUCUGGCACGACCUCAUCGCCCAAAGGUGUGGUGCAUUCGCAUAGAUCCCUCUUCAUCAUCACUUUCGAUUCUCUAGUAAAUUGGUCAGUCCCAAAACAACCCAUUUAUUUAUGGACUCUUCCUAUGUUCCACUCCAACGGGUGGAGCUACACUUGGGGGAUGGCCGCCGUGGGCGGCACAAAUAUUUGCCUUCGAAGAGUCGACGCUGGAAUAAUAUACGCAUGCGUAGGAUUGCACGAUGUCACACACAUGUGUGGUGCACCCGUGGUGCUGAACAUGAUAGCAAAUUCUUCCCAUGCAAAGUCGCUCAAAAACCCCGUGCAUUUCCUCACUGGCGGUGCACCUCCACCUGCCACCGUGGUUCUUCGGACGGAGUCUUUAGGAUUUGUUGUUAGUCAUGGAUAUGGAUUGACUGAGGUGGCCGGAGUAGUUGUUUCUUGUGCAUGGAAGCCGAUGUGGAAUGCAUUGCCGGCUACCGAGAGGGCUAAGUUGAAAGCAAGGCAAGGAGUGAGGACUCUGGGGAUGACUGAGGUGGACGUGGUGGAGCCGGAGACAGGCGUUAGUGUGAAGAAAGAUGGGUCGAGCAUGGGUGAAAUUGUACUUAGAGGUGGAUGUUUAAUGCUGGGGUAUCUCAAAAACCCUGAGGGGACCUCAAGAUGCUUGAGGGAAAAUGGUUGGCUUUAUACAGGAGAUGUUGGGGUGAUGCAUCCAGAUGGGUACUUAGAAAUUAAGGACAGAUCAAAGGAUAUUAUCAUCAGCGGUGGGGAGAAUGUGAGCAGUGUUGAAGUUGAGUCUGUGUUGUAUACCAAUCCUGUGGUGAAUGAGGCUGCUGUCGUGGCUAAGCCUGAUGAUUAUUGGGGUGAAACGCCAUGUGCUUUUGUGAGUUUGAAGGAGAAUGUAAGGAAAAAGCCCAGAGAAAAGGAUAUUAUUGAGUUUUGUAGAGCAAGGUUACCUCAUUAUAUGGUGCCUAAGAAUGUGGUUUUCAUGGAUGAGCUUCCUAAGACUGCUACAGGAAAGAUUCAGAAGUUCAGCCUCAGAGAUGUUGCCAAGAAAAUUGGGAUGUUGCCACAAGCUGCAGCAGUAAUAAGUCGGAUGUAACAUUGAGGAAAUUGUCAAAUGAUGAAAUUCUUUGUGAGGUUUUACUUAGAAAUUGCAAUUGGUUUUUAUACUUUGUGAAAAGAUAUCAAAUUGAUUGUGGUCGAGAUGAACAACAAUCUAGUGCAGUCAACAGAUCAUUGAUUUCUGAAAUUGUUUCGUGAGUUUAGACACAUAAGGAGAUUGUUUCAGGAUACCAAAUGCCGGUUAUUGUCAUUGAUCAUGUAUAUUUCUCUAGUUGUUCUUCUUUGGAAACGACCGUCUAUGAUCUCCAACAUUUACAUGUGCUAUACCUAAAAGUUGUAUUGAUGAUUGGGUUCA